AGGUUCGGCGACUUCCAGGUCUUCAUUCUCGUCACUAGGGAAAAGAACCACGAGUACCCUCAAGCACCCUGGACGGUCAAUCCAUUCAGGUCUUCGGCCGAUUAAGAACAGCUUUUGGUCUAUCUCGUGCUCGAGGAUCUCCGUCAUGAUCAAAUGGUGGUGGAAGGUGUCAACAAAUACUCCCUGAAGCCCAACAUCAACUGGAAAGUCUGCCGCCGAAGGAGCCAUGAUGCAUCAUGGUGUAGACUACGAACGGAGGGCGACUGGGAAGCCUUCAUUGAUGCCGUCCACGCUGCGCGAAACACACCCAAGGUCGAAUGGUCAGCUUUCAUCCUCAUUGAUACACACUACGACCCUACAAGGGUUGCUUCUCAACUCGAGUUCGACCAGCAAACCGCCGUGUACGCCUCUCAGACUCAGCUCAAGGCUCGAAAGCCUCUCAUCCCUCAACCUAGGCACAGUGCUACCAACAGUGCUCUCCAGGGCAUUUUGAAUGAACUUGCGAAUGAUCCUCAACGCUACAAUAGAAUCCUUGCUGUUCAGACCCUGCAGGCUAAGCACCCCUAGCAGUACUGCUAUGUUCAUCCCUUUUCUGGUCAGCAUUGAUACAUCACCAAUGAUCUCCUCAAUCUAUGGUCUAAGUACUUGGUGGCGAAAGAACCUGGAGUUAUUGUCGAGGAUCAGCCCUCCGAUCCGCUCUUUA